GAAAAAGUACUAACUUGUUAUACUUGAGUACUAGUAAAAAGUUAAAGUUAAUGCUAUGCAUCAAAACGUAUUAUAUUAAGCAAAGCAGACGGCAUAAUGUUCUUGUUUUUUUAAUUUACGGACAGCAAGGAACACAUUCCAACACACAGACAUCAUUUAAAACGCAGUAUUUGUGUUUAGUGAGUCCACCGGAUCAGAGGCAGUAGGAAUGAUUGAUAGGUGUGUGAAUUGUACGACAUUGCUGUCCUGGCUGAGCAUUCGAAAUGUAACGAGUACAUUUGGGUGUCAAGGAAAAUGUAUGGAGUAAAAAGGUACAUAUUUUCUUUAGGAAUGUAGUGAAGUAAAAGUAAAAGUUGUCAACAAAUAUAAAUACUAAAGUAAUGAUACCAAAAAAAAGGACUAGUGAUACUUUCAAGUAUUUUUGCUUAAGUACUUUACACCACUGCUUUUGACCAUUGGUCAUUUGGACCAGAGGUCUAUGGGCAAUAUGGUGCCAUUUGUGGGAUCUCUUUUUGUGAGGGCUGGGGGGAGAGUCGAGAUCUUUAGUUAUCAACUGACUGAAGUGCUCCCCCUCCCUGACAAAGCACUAUGCUGUCGUACAGUGCUGACUAAAAUACUUCAGCACUUUAAUUCCUUUAUUAUCCUCCUGUGGAGGUGCUAUACUGUAUAGCCUACAGCUGGUCCAUACAUGGGUCGAAUUAAAGCCCCUUAGCAAUGGAGACUGUCGCCUAUGUAGAUUAUAAGAAACUGAAAUCAUAUCAAAUCAAAGUGUAUUUGUCACGUGCGCUGAAUACAACAGGUUUAGACCUUACAGUGAAAUGCUUACUUACAGGCUCUAACCAACAGUGCAAUUUUUAAGUGUUUUGUAUUGUUAAUUUAACCCUUAUAAUUGGUUAUGAAGAUAUCUUGUUAACUACUGUAGGCUGUUAAAAUACGUUAUUAGAAAUAGAUAUGUGAAUAUUUUCGUAUAGAAUAGAAUCCUGUGUAGGAUAUCCAGUGGGCUAUCAUCACAUCAGCCUAUUCAUCAUGAAUGUAUAUUUUCUGACAAAUAUUACUGCUUUGUAAAUAAAUAACUAUGAAUCAGGCAAUCAGGCGAUCAUUUAGUCACCUACUGCCGGCAUGGUAUUGUCAGGAUUGGCUUGGAGCCAGCAUAAAGCCGGAAAGGACCCUUUAACUCAACCGGGACUGGCAGCCAGAGCAACCGUGGAUGUUCGGUGUAGUGAAUGCGGACCUGAUGACAGCGUCCUGCUCUUGAUAUCCCGGAGAGAAAAAAAUCAGGGAGAGACGGUGCUGGAACUACUAACACAUAUCUGGUGGAUUAUUUCUAAGAAUAUAUCUGAGAUUUAUCGUCCAGAAUAUGUGCAUUCACGCCAUUCAGUAGCUGUUUUUGUCUUUUUUUAAUGUAAUUCUCAAAUCCACGGCGCAGUGCUCAUGAGAUGAGCCUACUGGGUGGCUAUAAGAAAAAGCCAUGCAGUUAUGAUGGCUAUGAAUCUUUACAGUUGGUCGAUAGCAGCGGAGGCUUCAAUAACGGAGGGAGACGCAGCGGAAUCGGUGGAGGCUUGGUAUCAGCAGCAACCCUAGGAGGACCGAAGGCAGGCCCACUGCGGGAGAACGACUGCAGCACCAUGGACAGCUCAGGUCCUCCAUCUCCAGAUAUGGACGCAAACUAUGGUGGAGGCCUGCUGGACAUGGUGAAGGGCGGAGCCGGCAAGUUCUUCAGCAACUUCAAGGAUAACCUGAAGGACACUCUAAAGGACACCUCUACCAAAGUCAUGCACCAGGUGGCCACAUACACAAAAGGAGAGCUGGACAUUGCCUACAUCACAUCACGAAUCAUAGUGAUGUCAUAUCCUGCAGAGGCUUUGCAGAUCGGCAACCAGAACCAUGUGGAGGAUAUGCGCUCCUUUCUGGACUCACGGCACGCUGACCACUACACUGUCUUCAACCUGUCACAGCGCAACUACCGCGGCGUAAAGUUCUCCAACCGGGUCUCAGAGUGUAACUGGCCAUCCCGCCAGGCUCCCAGCCUGCACAACCUGUUUGCGGUGUGUAAGAACAUGCACAACUGGCUCAAACAGAACCCCAAGAAUGUGUGUGUCAUCACCUGCUCGGACGGCCGUGCUCCGUCGGGUGUGCUGGUCUGUGCCAUGUUCUGCUUCUGCCACCUCUUCUCCAACCCAGUGCCCGCCAUGCAGCUGCUCAGCGCCAAGAGACCCGGCUCUGGCCUCUGGUCCUCGCACCGGAGGUACAUAGGCUAUGUGUGCAGUAUGGUAUCAGAGAAGCCCUCCCUGCCACACUCCAAGCCCCUGGUGGUCAAGGCAGUCACCAUGAGUCCAGUACCUUGUUUCAACAAACAACGCAUCGGCUGCAGACCCUUCUGUGAGAUCCUCAUAGGGGAGACCAAGAUCUUUUCGACUGCACAGGACUAUGAGAGGAUGAGAGAGCACAGGGUCCAGGAGGGGAAGGUUGUCUUCCCUCUAGGUGUGAAUGUCCAGGGUGAUGUGGUCAUUUCUGUCUAUCAUAUGAGGAACACAAUCGGAGGACGACUGCAGGCCAAGGUGUCCAACACCCAGAUAUUCCAGAUCCAGUUCCACACAGGCUUCAUUGCUCCAGGGACCACCGUGUUAAAGUUUACAAAGCCGGAGCUGGAUGCGUGUGACUCUCCAGAGAAGUACCCUCAGUUGUUCCAUGUGUUGGUGGACAUCGAGGUGGAGAGCACUGACAAGCAGAAGGACCUGACCCCUCCCUGGGAACAGUUCCCUAAUAAAGACCUCAUCCCCAACGUACUGUUCUCCUGUCACCAGGAACACCAGGACGCACUGGCCAUAGCAGAGCCAAGCCGGUCCCAAGGCGGUCUGGACGGUCGUCCUCACGGGGAGGACAGCGAGCCGUCUGAUGACGAGAUGCUGUCCCUUUCCAGCCAGCAAAGCCACGCUAGCGUAGAGAGACCUGGAGGGGCUCAGGCUGGCACCAGGGGCCCCAAGAGACCCGAGCAGCCCCACGCCCCCCCCGCUGCUCCUCCUCCUCCCCCAGAAGAGGUGGACCUCCUGGGCCUGGAUGGGGUGGCAGUGAACUGCCCCUCACCCCAGCCCCCGACCACCAACACCACCACGGACCUCCUGGGGGAUCUGUUUGGGGCCUCCCCCCAGACAGGGAGUGGGCCCACUUCGGCCCAGUCCACCCCACAGAAAAUAGCUCCUCCCUCCACCCUCCCCCGCCCCUAUCCAGCGUUGGACCCGUUUGGGGCGGGUCCAAUGCCCAAGCCCCAGGAGCUGAUGGGGUCCUUCCUGGGUCCAGCAGGUAAUCUUGCUAACCUGGGGCAGUCUGGCCCCCUCCUGCAUGCAGCUCACUCUCUAUCCCCCACCAUGCAGAACACUGGCAUGGGCCGCAGCUCCCCAGUCCCGCCCACCACCCCUGUAGUCACUAUUCAGCAGCCUCCCAACGCCAUGGGAGGAUGGGACUGGAACAAACCUGCAGCUCCAGGAGGUGGUUUCAGUAUGGGCAGCAAGUCAGCCAGUACCAGUCCUACUGGGUCGGUCAACAACACUCCCACACACCAGGCCAAACCCAACACUCUGGACCCCUUUGCUGACAUCGGAAACCUGGGGGGAAGUCUGGGAGGAGGAUCUGGGUUCUCCAGUAAGCCCACCACCCCUACAGGCACCACCCCUGCUGUCCCCCCCAUGGGCUCCCCCUCACGGCCUCCUCCCUCGCCCCAGCACGGUGGGGGCUGGCAGGCCAACACAGGCCUCCCCUCCUGGAAGCCCGGCGGUGGUGGUGUUGGAGGGCAGCCAGGGUGGCAGCCCCAACCCCAGGGUCAGAGUGGUCCAUCCCCCCAGGCCAAGCCCAGUACCAGCCACUCCAUGCCCCACACCUCCCCCUCCAACAGACCCAACUACAACAUCAGCUUCUCUGCCAUGGGAGGAGGAGCUGCUCCCAAUGUAGCCGGGAAACAACAGCCCAACAUGGGUACCAAGCCCAAAGUUGCAAUGGCUAACUUUGAUGACCUGCUGUCUGGCCAAGGCUUUGCUGGAGCCAAAAAGAAGGAAGGUCCCAGGACAAUAGCAGAGAUGAGAAAGGAGGAGAUGGCUAAAGAGAUGGACCCCGAGAAACUCAAGAUUCUGGACUGGAUCGAGGGGAAGGAGCGUAACAUCCGGGCCCUGCUGUCCACCAUGCACACGGUGCUGUGGGAGGGGGAGACCCGCUGGAAGCCUGUAGGCAUGGCUGACCUGGUGACCCCAGAGCAGGUCAAGAAGGUCUACCGUAAAGCUGUGCUGGUGGUCCAUCCAGACAAGGCCACUGGACAGCCCUAUGAACAAUAUGCCAAGAUGAUUUUUAUGGAACUGAAUGAUGCCUGGUCAGAAUUUGACAGCCAAGGACAAAAAGCACUCUACUGAGCUGAGGGAGAGAGAGAAAGAAAGAGUUCCUGCCGACCCCCUGUGAUCAAUAAUCAAGCCCCCACCGGAUCUGACUCCCCCCCUCUUCUUGUCACUGUCCUGUAGACUCUACUCCAUAGAGACUUCAAUAGCCAGACUAACAGAAAGAUACCUGCCUACCAACCUACCUAUGCAUCUGGUGGCAGCACUGUCCAACUGUCCAACAAGAACUGUUGAACCCUGUCCUACAUGUCCGAGUCCUGAACCAAGCAAAGAGUCCUGAACCAAGCAAAGAGUCCUGAACCAAGCAAAGAGUCCUGAACCAAGCAAAGAGUCCUGAACCAAUUAAUGCAGAGUCAUCCAGCUGUCUAUGGAGACAUCACCAGAGUGAUACUGUCCACCUAACACCGGACAUGGGUGAUAAUGACAUACCUGUGGUCACAGUGUUGCUAUAUAGAGCAAGACGAUGCCAAUGUUUCACACACAGUAGCAUUAACACAGUGUUCCUGUCAGUCACCUGUCAAGACGAUGCCAAUAUUUUACACACAGUAGCAUUAACACAGUGUUCCUGUCACAGUCACCUGUGUGACUUUGAAGUGAAGAUCUGGAGCCAGUGUUGGGAGUGGAUGGCCUAUUCAAUUAGGCACUGUACCACUGACUGUAAGGUCUAUACACCACAGUGAUCUCAGAAAUACCAUGUCAAAUAAUUCAAUAUAGAGCAAUCUCACAGAGUUUCCACCUGAGUUGCCUAUCUUCAUGGAAAAGCUACUGUUAUCUCUGUUAUUUGAAUUACCAAUUUUGAUCAAUGUGCUUCCACAGAACUCCACAGGAGACUUCUAGGAGAGAACUAGACAAUUGCAAGCCAAGGGUAUCAUGUUUACGUUCUGACAACAACCUAGAGACUCAACUUGACAUACAGUUAGUAGGUGAAGGUAGGCAGGAUAUUCGUUGUUCCGCCACCCCCUUUACUACCUACGGUGGUUGGUUCUUGUGUUUUCUUGCCCUCAGUCUCAGAAAGGUGCAACAUGUAUUUAGCUAUAACACAGAGAGUAAACUCAGCUGCAGUCUAUUGCCAGUCUUAAAGCUGGAAUCCACAUUAGGUGAAACACUGCCACCGGUCGCCCCAGGCGCAUUUGUUAUUGUUUUUGUUUUGUUUAUGAAAAGAGGAGAGGAGUCUAGAGAGCGAGAUAUCCAGCAUCUAGCAUCUUGGUUUUUAAAAACUCUGCUGUUCUAUCGAGUGUGCAAUCAUGUCCGAGGGGGAAAAAAGCAGUGUUGCUUAUUUGAAGUAACGUCUUUGUAAUAUCGCAAACGGAUGUGGCAGUUUGACUGCUACGGAUUCCAGCUUUAAACAUACAGUACUCACUCUCAUCUUUACCGUCACUGGCUAGUGGGCAGCAGGUAGCCUUGCGGCUAAGCACGUUGUGCUAGAAACCGGAAGGUUGCUGGUUCGAAUCCCAGAGCUGACUAGGUAAAACAUUUGUUGAUGUGCUCUUGAGCAAGGCACUUAAACCUAAUUUCACCUGUAAAUGUAGUGUCUACAGUCUGAAGGAACCAGUGAGUAAAGGAUAUUAUCAAUAUCAGAGAAAGUAACCCAUAUCACACUGCUGUACUUAUCUAAGUAAGUACAGCAGUGUCUUAACUGCUGAAGUUUCAUCAUAGUUACGUGCAGUUUUACUUCAUAUUAUGUUCAUUUAUUGACUCAUUUCAGAUGCUUCAGUCCCUCCUAAUGAAGAAUCUUUCAUUUUAUUGUGGGUAAUGUUUAGUAACAUGCAGGUGGUGUAUUGUCCUAUUCAUGCUUUGCUGUAUCCUCUAAAGCAUGUACUUUUAAGUCAUGACAAAUAUUUGAAGUGAAAUUCUGAUUGAUCAAAGUUAACUUGUCAUUGAUGAGGGCUUUUAUAUUUACAUUAGUUUGAAGCAUAUCUUUUUUGCAUGCACUGACUGGGCGAACUUGUGGAAGGACUACAAGACUGACUAUAUCUUGCUACACAUGGAGGCACAUCAUUCCAUAAUACAUUACUAUACUUGAGUGUAUUGGACCACUAUCAAGCUUGUGAGAUCCUAAUGUAGGCCCCCUCUAACCCUUAUCUGUGUAAAACAAUACAUUUGGUAGACUGGCACAUCUAUUUCAUCUGAUACAACCAUUUCCCUGUUUUAUCCCCUGCAUACUGAUGUUGUCAACCAGAGGAGCCGGGUGGGAUACGCUAUAGGAGGACCAGCCUACUCUGUUGUCAACCCUUUCCUCUGUGAAAAGGCCACACCUGAGUUGUGGACUAACGUGAGCACUGACUGACCACUGACCAGUAUAGAACUAAAGAGACUGUCUGUCCACUGUAGGCUCUGCUUUCUCUGGUGACUAUACCAAUGGCAGAAGCUGUGGCUGUGUAGUAUGUAUGUAUGUACUGUGUGUGUGUGUGAGAGAGAGAGAGAGAACCCCUAUAAGCUCCCUAGCUGACUGAAAUCUCUUGUCUAUCUGCUAACUUAAGGCAAUGUUAAAACGCUAACCUCUCUCUAUAUAGUGGAUGAGUGUUGUUGAAACUGUUGUACGUGAGGAUGUGAUACGAUUUGGAUACAACUACUGUAUGUGUUUGGUUGUCGGCUGUAAAAGUAUUACUACUAAAAAUGUAAACCGUUUCUGUCAGUGGAGGCUGUUGAGGGGUAGGAAGGCUCAUAACAAUGGCUGGAACGGAGCAAAUGGAAUGGUAUCAAGCACAUGUAAACCAUGUGUUUGAUGUAUUUGAUACCAUUCCACUUAUUCCACUCCAACCUUUACCAUGAGCCUGUCCUCCCCAAUUAAGGUGCCACCAACCUCCUGUGGUUUCUGUGUUUCUCUUUGUGGGUUCUGUUUACCCUUGAUAAAGUGAUAUCAAGUGCAAUGCACAAAUAAAUAGAGAAAAUGAAAGUCAGAAACAACAAACAAACGUCA